AUGCAUUCGAGUUUGUCAGUCCAUAUUCACCCUGUUUUUGUUGUUUCAUUUGCCUACCCACUCAUACAUUUAGCUCAAGUCGUUGCGACAGCUGCGUAUGUCACCAUUCCUGCAGUCCGGACGAAUGGCCGACAACUUCCGGCCGGUGCAGAGGCUCAACAACAGGUCGGUGAGGACGAACAUCGAAUUUUCACAUCUGGUAGGUACCUUUGUGUUUAG